UGAAGGGGUUGAUCGUGGAGGGGGAGUUGAUAGGGAAGGGGUCUCGUCCAGACCAGACCCCGUCCCGUUAUCGCUCUGGUUCAAAGGUCUCUUUUGACCUUUCUUUCGCCUUUUUCUUCCCGGUUCACACCCGUCUCUUUCUUUGCCAAACGAAUCACAAAUGCAAGUGCUUUAAUUACUAUUAUUAUUAUUGUUAUUAUAGAUAGAUAGAUAGAUAGAUAUUUUAACUUUUUCAAAGCUCCUCGUGAUUUUCAUCUUUUAAGCGUGUUCGACCGUCUCCGACCAUGGGAAUUUGCUAUUCCGCCACCAAAGUCAGCGGCUCCAAUGGCACCGCCGGCACCGACAAGAAAAAUCGCAAGCGAGCCGCGAAGCCCGAAUCGCCGACGGCGGCGGCCAAUCCCGAACGAAACAAGGGAAGUGCGCGGCAGGUGCCGUGCGGAAAGCGCACCGAUUUCGGUUACAACAAAAAUUUCGAUACGCGGUACACGCUGGGCAAAUUGCUGGGACACGGCCAAUUCGGUUACACUUACGUAGGAAUCGACAAAGCUAAUGGCGAUCGCGUCGCCGUUAAGAGGAUCGAUAGGAGUAAGAUGGUUCAGCCUAUAGCCGUUGAGGAUGUUAAGCGAGAGGUCAAGAUAUUGAAAGCGCUCACUGGCCACGAGAAUGUGGUUCAGUUCUAUGAUGCUUUUGAAGAUGAUAAUUACGUGUAUAUAGUUAUGGAGUUAUGCGAGGGCGGUGAACUGCUAGAUCGGAUAUUGGCCAAGAAGGACAGUCGUUAUACUGAAAAAGAUGCAGCGGUGGUUGUAAGGCAGAUGCUCAAGGUUGCAGCUGAGUGUCAUUUACAUGGUUUGGUGCACCGGGACAUGAAACCAGAAAAUUUUCUUCUGAAAUCAACCAAAGAAGAUUCACCUUUAAAGGCCACAGAUUUUGGUUUGUCGGAUUUCAUUAAACCUGGAAAGAAGUUUCAUGAUAUUGUUGGCAGUGCUUACUAUGUUGCACCAGAAGUAUUAAAACGCAAGUCUGGCCCACAAUCAGAUGUGUGGAGCAUUGGUGUUAUUACAUACAUAUUGCUGAGUGGGAGACGCCCAUUUUGGGAUAAGACUGAGGAUGGUAUUUUUAAGGAGGUUUUACGGAAGAAGCCUGAUUUCCAACGGAAACCAUGGCCAACUAUUAGUAAUGCUGCAAAAGAUUUUGUGAAAAAAUUACUGGUAAAGGAUCCUCGGGCAAGAUUAACUGCUGCUCAAGCUCUAUCACAUCCAUGGGUUAGAGAAGGAGGAGAAGCAUCGGAGAUUCCUAUUGAUAUAUCCGUUCUUAGCAACAUGCGGCAAUUUGUGAAAUAUAGUCGAUUGAAACAAUUUGCACUCAGGGCAUUGGCUAGCACACUUAACGAAGAAGAGAUGGCUGAUCUAAAAGAUCAAUUUGAUGCUAUAGAUGUGGACAAAAGUGGUUCUAUUAGUUUGGAAGAGAUGAGACAGGCUCUUGCGAAAGAUCUUCCUUGGAAGUUGAAAGAACCACGUGUACUAGAGAUAUUGCAAGCGAUAGACAGCAACACUGAUGGGCUAGUGGAUUUUAGUGAGUUUGUGGCAGCUACAUUACAUGUGCAUCAGUUGGAGGACGACUCUAGCAAGUGGCAGCAGCGGUCACAAGCUGCUUUUGAGAAAUUUGACUUAGAUAAAGAUGGCUAUAUUACUCCAGAGGAACUUAGAAUGCAUACAGGCAUGAGAGGCUCCAUUGAUCCUUUGCUGGAGGAAGCUGAUAUCGACAAAGACGGCAAAAUCAGCAUAUCAGAGUUCCGUAGGCUUCUAAGGACUGCGAGCAUAGGUUCUCAAAAGGUUUCAAGCCCACCUGAGUAUCAACGCAAAAUCUAGAACAGCGGUACUUCCGAGGCAGAUAAAUUUGGAGAUGCAACCGGAGUUCCACUUUGUAUCUUUUGUGUGAUUGUGCUGAAGCUCUUAAGAAUAUCUCUUUUAUGCAAGUUUUAAUCACUCAUCUGUGCUGACUAUGGUAUCCCCUUCACGGUGAUUAUGUCCACAAUUUUACGAGGACUACAUCAAGACGUGUUUGGUAGAGUUUAUGUAGACCGUGCGUGGAUUGGCUUCAAGCGUUGCGGUUUCAGCAGUAUCAUUUAUGCGUGGAUUGGCUUUGUAAUUUGUAACUAUAAAUAAAAUCUUCUGGCCAAAAAUGGAAAACAAAACACUAUAAAUGAUCAUGAAAUGAAAUAUGAAUCAGAUUCUGUUCCUUCUCAA